UUCAUUGCUUAAUUAAUUUCAGAAAGUGAAGAAAAGAUGCAGCCCAGUUCAUUUAUUGCCAUGAUUUUGCUCAAUUUUGCUUCUUUUUUUUUUACUGGAAAUCUGUGCUUGAUUGUUGUCUGGUAUGCUGCUAGCAUUAAAUAGGGUUUGUUUGUGUUUUGUUUCCAUUUGUAUAACAUAUUCUCUAUGAAUCAUCAUCAGAUUAGCUGUUUUCUUUGUGUUAGCUUCUAGUAUUUGUUUCUUUGGUUAAAUGAUGCUGUUGAUUCUCAAGCCAUGAACCUUUUCUGUAAAAAUUAUUGAAACGUAGAAAAAUCAAGUCUUGUAUGGAUUGGGAUUGUGGGAUUUUGUUAUAUUUUAAGUUGCUUCCAACUUUGUAUUGUUUCUGGUCAAAUUGUGAAACUGACACACCAUAAAUAGAAUAGAAAAAGGAGAAGUAGAGUGCAGAAUAAAGAGAUAUUUUUGUCAAUUUAUAUUAUUUUCUGAACCUAGAAUAGUAGUAGGAAUGUUCAAGGUUUCCCUUUUCGUUCUUCUUUUGUGGUUCAAUAAUUCAAUGAUAAGAAAAAAUGGCAAAUUUUGAUAGAAGCAUUAUAUUCUUAUUCAUUAUUGGUAUUCUGCCUUUUCUGAUGCUUAAAACUGCUGUGUUCGAGUUUCAUGACUUCUAGCUGUUUCUGUUUCUCUGUGCUUCUUCCGAUGCCUUAAGAUUCAGGAGUGUAGGUGUUGCGGAAAGAUUAUCUUUUUACUCGUACUCUGAUUGCAUCCGAGGUCACUAUUCAGAGAAAUGAAUGGUGGGGAGGGCAGAAAACUGUUGUCUCAAGAUAUACAACUGGUGAGCUUUUGGAAUUGAAUUAGUUUGAACGGUUGGUUUGCGUAUUUGAUGAGAUAGAAAGAAAUAAUGUACAAAAUCGUAUUGAACAGUGUCUUCAGCAUUACAUGAAUAAGAUAGAGGUCGUUAAUGCUCUCGUUGUUCAGAGCAACAUCGAGCCUUGUGUGACUGAAUUAGUUUGGGAGAGGCUUGAAGAUAAAAAUCAAGAAUUUUUCAAGGCUUAUUAUCUCAAGUUGUUGGUGAAGGAACAAAUAUUGGAAUUCAACCGUCUGCUUUCCGAACAGGCGGAUCUGAUGCGUAGAGCCCCUUUAAACCGAAUCACUCCUUACCUUCCAUCUAACGGAUCACACGUCUCACCUACACAGCAUAUCUCGAAUACCCAAAAUGUCCAACCCGUGAAAACAGAGAAUACGCAGCAGGCGAAUACGUCCAACAAUUGUGGAUCAGCAAUCCAACCAGCUAUCAACGGGCCUGUUCAUACUAGAAAGAUCGACGUUUCUCCGAACCUGCUCCUUUCUCAGAACUCAGAGCUGUCUCAGAUGAUAAACGGGAAAAGUGUGAAGACAGAAGCCGGUUAUGCUGGUAGCUCGCCUUUCGCUUUUAGUCCACCUAGCAAUUAUCUGGAUCCACGCCCUCUGAUUGGUGAUGCGCCCGUGUCAUCUUUCAGUAGCGUAGAUUCUAACGCACAGCAUCUCAACGACACUCUCAUGGAAGGAGACACUUCCGCCUUUGGAUUUUUCGCGCAUAGUUUCCCUGAGCUGGAAGCUGAUUUCACCACCAGUUCUGAUUUACUGGAGAGUUACUGUGGGCCUCCCUUCCUACCGACCGACACUAACGACUUUGUGCAUCCUCACGGGGAAGUCGGGAAUCUGGAACCUGGAUCGAAAAGCAUGAGAUUUCAGUGGUUUGGUGGCGAUUGACUCGAUGUUCCAAGUGUAAUUAUUUGCCUCAAUUCCGUAUGGUAUGGUAUGGUAUCGCUGCCAAGUAGAUAGUUUGUGCUGUCUGGUGGUGUAGUUUGGAUUGAUAGGAACAAAAUGAAUCAUCUCAACACAACUACUUUAAUUCGGGAGUAAGAGUUAGUGACUUGUAUAAAUAGGGCAUUGUUUGUUUGUGUACAUUGCAUUUGUAUAAAUGUUUUGUUUUCCA